GAGCAAAGCGGUAAUGCCGAUCAGUUUUGUGGCGGUGCGAUUUUAACGCGGUGAACUGUCAUAUUCCGCGAUAUACUGGAUGUUGUUUUUUGUUACUCCUUCAAUUUCAUCCUCAGAGGGAAUAUCGAGUAAUUGAAAGGAAUAACACAUGAUACGUCCACCAAGAUGAUGUGGCUAGAAGACAACAAGAAUAUUACAAAUAUCGAAGAUUCUGACAGUGACGAGAGUGAUUGCAGCACUGAAGAAAUUCCUAUUUGGGUGAGGGGAGAACAGAGAUGGGUGUCAGGAAUCAUUCCUGAAACUACAUGCCAGGAGGUUGUCCAGGUUCUCAUACAAAACGAAAAACUAAAAGGUAAACACAUCGGUGAACCAGAAGAAUACCAUAUCACAGAACGAUGGCGGGGUGUAGAACAGCCCUUGGAUCCAAACUCAAGGAUUCUGGACAUUUGGAACGCUUGGUCUUCAGCUCAAGAAGAAAUAAAAAUAUCGCUUAGGAGAAUUAGAAGUGAUAGGACAUGCAAUAGGAGAAUGAGAAGGACAGACUCUGCCACGUGGUCAGACAGAAAUUCCUGGAAAACGCUACAUCCAAAAAGAUUGGCAACUUUGCAGAAUGAAAAGGAACCGUCCAAUACUGAAGAAUUACUCAAAUUAGUUUUGGCGCAAGGGGAAGUUAUAAGAAGGCAACUGAAGAAAUUGAGGCAUAGUGAACAUCAAAUUGGGUAUCUCGAAGAUAAAACUCACAGGGCUCGUGUAAGAAAACAUGGAAGUAACUAUCUCUUGGAAACUUACCUGAAAGGCCUUCCAGAAGCUGUCAAUCCAGAACAAGAAGAACACGCCAUCACAGACAAAAACAGUGACAGCGGGGUGGUAACAGAGGGUGAUAGUGAGCAGUCAAACAACGUGAAAAAAUCCAAGUCAGAGAAUACCAUGGAGAGGUUUUCACCAUCCUCCGAAGAAUUCGUCCAAGAGGACAUAAAAGAUGACGAUUCUAGUUCGACGGUUAGUGUUUCAGCUCUGAGAGAGCAUCGAGAACUCAUGAAAAAAAUCUCCAAAGUGAACAAACAGCUUCUCAAGCAGGAGGAAUGCUUAGUGCGGUUAGAGGUGAAUUUAAAAAAGUACGAAAAGUAUAAAAACGUCACCGAUGACGUUACCGAGUCUCUGACGAAUCUCAGAACAGAAAUGGCGAAGAGUGCUUGUGAAAUGCAACACAACGAGGUGGUGCUCGAAGAAACGAACGAGCUCAUCAACUCCAGGAGGCAUUUCCUGGAGAAUCUACAUAAGGACAUCAUGAAGGAGGAGCAGGAGCACGAGAUGCUUCAAGCUUUGCUCUUCAGUGCAAAACAUCAGAGGCAUCCCGCUCCAAGCCAAAAUUUCAUUCCCCAUUCCCAUAAUUAUAAAAACCACAAUACCAAAGAAAUGUUAGAUACCUUAGUUUAAGAUAAAAGAUCUAUUUAUACCAAAAAUGCUGUACCUAAAACCCCAAUGUCAUUUGUUUUAUGUUGAUGAAUGAGAUGUAUAAUAAAUGUUUUUAAAAAUG